CCGGCUCGCGGCAACAUUAAACCUCAUUCAGGCCGAGUCUUCCCUCUCUCAGUCCUUCUCUGAAACCGGCAAACCAUAAAUAGCUUCUUUUUUUCUCCUUAAAUAGAGCUGCGAUAAUGGCGGACAAGAAAGAGAAGAUGAAAAUGUUACUCACAAUCGCAUCGGUAGCUGCUAUCUCUAUCUUCUUCACCGCUCACCUAUUCAGCCGCCGCCGCAAGCAGCGGAGAUCUGAAAUUCGCUGUUACUUACACUCCGAACCAAAGUCGCAGCUGAAUUUCAAGCGUGUCUUAGCUGAUAACUCUUAUUCUCCUUUCAAUCAUUUCAACCGCCAGUCGGAUUCCGUUAAAGAGAAACCUUCGACUUUGACUCAUCCGUAUGAAGCGGAGAUAACGGCAUUGAUGGAGGAUCCGCAGCUCCAGUUUUCUAAGAUUGCGAUGGAUGAUUUUGAUAUGAAAAUGGGUGAUUCUUAUGUUUGGGUUGAAUCCGAGUUGCAACUGAGUCAACUAGCUCGAGUGUUGAGUGAACAAACGGUUUUCGCUGUUGAUACUGAGCAGCAUAGCCUACGGUCGUUUCUAGGCUUCACCGCUCUAAUUCAGAUUUCUACUGAGAUGGAAGACUAUUUGGUGGAUGUAAUUGCCUUACAUGAUUCAAUGGGCAUUCUUCGUCCCGUUUUUGCUGAUCCUAAUAUUUGCAAGGUUUUCCAUGGGGCUGAUGGUGACAUUGUGUGGUUGCAAAGAGACUUCCACAUAUAUGUUGUCAAUCUAUUUGAUACUGCUAAGGCAUGUGAAGUUUUAUCAAAGCCCCAGAAAUCAUUGGCCUACUUACUUGAAACUUAUUGUGGUGUGGCCAAAAAUAAAUUAUUGCAGCGUGAAGACUGGAGACAACGUCCACUAUCAGACGAAAUGGUGCAAUAUGCUCGUACGGAUGCGCAUUAUCUACUGUAUAUUGCAAAUUGUUUAUUUGCUGAGCUCAAAAAACAGGACUGUGAAUAUUCAUCCUGCACCGAUGACAAGUUCAAUUUUGUUCUCGAGGCUAGUCGGCGAUCAAACAUGAUUUGUUUGCAACUCUAUGCUAAAGAGAUCGAUGGUUUUCCUGGGGAAUCUGCUGCAUUUUCAAUUCUUUCUCGCCAAUUGAAUGGUCAGGGAGCUGCUGCUAUAUCUGGUGAAACAAAGUUUCAGGAUCUUGUUAGGAGACUGUGUGCAUGGAGAGAUUUAAUGGCUCGUGUGCAUGAUGAGAGCACAAGAUACAUAUUAUCUGAUUAUGCUAUUGUCGCUCUCUCUGAAAAAGUCCCUACAACUCAAGUAGAUAUUUAUGGCACCAUAAUUCAAGCUGAUUUGAAUAUUGAUUCUUCGAAUCUCAGCUCUUCACUGCCAUCUCCUUCACCUGUUGUUUGCAGCCAUUGGAUAGAUGUCCAUGAACUAAUCCAGGAUAAGUUGGGCAAUCUUGAUAAAUUCUUUCCCAUGGUUAUUCAAAAUUGUCUUGGUCCAAAUGGGAGCUGUCCGUUGUCUGUAUUUAACUAUGCAUUAUUGAUGAAUAGUAGCCUGAAACUAGAAACUAGAUUAAAUACCAAACAAAAUGGGUUCAAAAACCCAAAACAUGUUGCUAAAAAAGCUUCUCGUCAGCUAUUUAUUCAAAAAUUUUCCUGCAAAUCUCCAGUUUACCAUAAUUGUAGGAUCUAUGCAAAUGAUGGACGGCUGUUAUGUUAUUGUGAUCGCAGGAAGCUCGAAUGGUAUCUUAGUCGAGAUCUGGCAAAACUUGUUGAUGACGACCCUCCUGCAAUAAUGCUUCUUUUCGAACCAAAAGGCCGCCCAGAGGAUGAAGAUAAUGAUUUUUACAUCCAAAGUAAGAAAAACAUAUGUGUUGGCUGUGGUGAAGGCAAUCACUACUUACGCUACCGGGUAAUUCCCUCGUGCUACAGAAUUCACUUUCCUGAGCACUUGAAGAGCCAUCGCUCUCAUGACAUAGUCCUACUUUGUGUUGACUGUCAUGAAGUCGCUCAUGCUGCUGCUGAGAAAUACAAGAAACAGAUUGCUGGAGAAUUUGGAAUUCCACUUUAUGUCCGUAAGGUGGUUGAUUCAACUCAAGCGCCUAUUGUAUCUGGGUCAUCUGAGUCAACUAACUUUGCUGAUUCAGGUGUCUCACCACUACAAUUGCGAACAGCUGCCAAGGCUCUUUUGCGUCAUGGACCUGAAAUGCCUCCCAGCCGCCGUGAUGAACUGACCCAGAUUGUUAUGAGAUAUUAUGGAGGACGGGAAAUCUCCAACGAAGAUUUAGAAAGAGCCUUGGUAGUGGGCAUGAGUCCUCAUGAGAGAAGAAGACUCGAGAAGAAGAAAGGCUUAUCUUUAAAACAGUCUACAAGAAUCCCUCCUGUUAAAGAACAAGAAAGUAAUGAUGCAACUAGGAUCUUAUCUACCACAUCAGAUCCAUCAAAUGUUGACCGUCCCGAUGCUUCAGAUUUUAUUGCAGAUGUUUCUAAUUCAACAAAAGUUGAUACAUCAAAAGAAGCAUCGGGGACAAAGGAUGACUUGGACUUUUGUAUGGUAACAUAUACGGAUCAUACAAACAAUUCUCCAGCAUGUUCUGAUUUCGGAGUGGCAACAGCUUGCAAUGAUAUGAAUUCACAUGGCAGUGAAAUCUCUGAGACUAAAAGUGUGUCAGCGGUCAAUCCUGGUGAUAAAUCUGAGAGCAGCAUACCGAAGGAAAUAGUUGACUCAUCUUGUGCCAGAUACAACGGGAACAUCCCAUUCAAACAUAAUUCAAAAUUGUCUCUACUAGGACAUGGACCUCACGGGAAACAAGUUGUCGAUCAUAUAUUAAAUGAAUCUGGAGAGGAAGGCAUUCGUCAAUUUUGUCAGCGAUGGAGGCACGUUUUUGUCGAAGCUGUUCAUCCUCACUUUUUACCUGCUGGCUGGGAUGUAAUGCACAGGAUUUAACAUUGGAGGCUGUUUUUGCCAGUGGGAGACGAGAAUUCGGCGAGUUCAGUGUGUACAAUCCUACCAAGAAAGGCACCGAUAGCAGUUAAUAUAUAUUAUUAAUCCAAAUGAUGGGAACGUGAACCAGGAGACAUCUCAAUUUCAACUAUUGGCAUUUACAUGGCAAUGGCUGCUGCUGGCACCACAAUUCCUACCCUUUUUGUGUUUGUAAGAUGAUCCCUUUUUAAUGCAAUGCAUCCUCUUUGUUUGGCUGUCCCCAUUUUUGAGAAUUGGAUCGCCUUUUUUACUCCCUUAGACAAUCCAUGUAUGAAUGUUGUAUCUUGGGGUUUUUAUGAUCGUACCUUAUCGUGUGUGUUGAAAUCUUAAGCAUGAAUACUAACAAUUGUUGGGUGUAAUAGUAAAGUUACAUUAUAUUAAGAAAAGAACUUAAGUUUGAAUUUUGAAAA